GUCCCUCCUCGCUUCCUCCAUCCAUUCCUGUGGCUUUCUUGCCAUCAUCCGCCCCUUUUCUUUCUCCUGUCUUCGAUUGUUUUAGGCUUCGGCUUUGAUCCAACCUUUUUUCUUUUCCUUUUUGGUUGGCUCGAAGCCUUCGUUGUUUCACCACCUUCCCCCACCACCCGCUAAGCAACCAUGGCGGAACGUUAUAUCCCAGAACAUCGUCGCACUCAGUUCAAGGCCAGGAAUCAGUUCCGGCCUGAUGAGCUUCGUCGUCGUCGAGAAGAACAACAGGUCGAGAUCAGAAGACAGAAGAGGGAAGAGAACCUUGCCAAGAGGCGAGGCAUUCAGACCAGUGAGGGUGCAGUUGGCGUAGGUGGCGCUGCCGCUGAGAGUGAUGAUGAAGCCAGUGCGAUUGAAAGCGAGCUCAAUGUCGAACUGCCUGAGAUGGUUAGGGGAGUUUUCUCCGAUCAGAUUGAUCAACAGAUCCAAGCAACAACAAAAUUCAGAAAACUGCUUUCCAAGGAGCGCAACCCGCCAAUCGAACGUGUCAUCGAGACGGGCGUUGUUUCUCGUUUUGUCGAGUUCCUUCGAUCCCCUCACACCUUGGUUCAGUUUGAGGCUGCCUGGGCUUUGACCAAUAUUGCAUCCGGAUCUGCCCAGCAGACUCAGGUUGUGAUACAGGCUGGCGCUGUUCCCAUUUUCGUCGAGCUCCUGAGCAGCCACGAACCGGAUGUUCGGGAACAGGCGGUCUGGGCUCUGGGAAACAUUGCUGGUGACAGCCCUCAAUGCCGUGACUUCGUGCUCGCUGCCGGUGCUCUGCCUCCUCUGCUAAACCUGAUCAAUGAUGGAAAGAAGCUGAGCAUGCUGCGAAAUGCCACUUGGACCCUCAGCAACUUCUGCCGUGGCAAGACGCCGCAACCUGACUGGAACACUAUUUCUCCUGCUCUACCCGUUCUUGCUAAGCUUAUCUACAUGCUUGAUGAUGAGGUCUUGAUUGACGCUUGCUGGGCUAUCUCCUACCUCUCUGAUGGCUCCAACGAUAAGAUCCAAGCUGUUAUUGAGGCUGGAAUUCCCCGACGCUUGGUCGAACUUCUGCUGCAUGCAUCCACCUCCGUCCAAACCCCUGCGCUCCGCUCCGUUGGAAACAUUGUUACUGGUGACGACGUUCAGACUCAAGUCAUCAUCAACUGCGGUGCACUUCCAGCGCUGCUUUCUCUUUUAGGCUCUACCAAGGAUGGCAUUCGCAAGGAAGCUUGCUGGACCAUCUCCAACAUCACUGCUGGAAAUCCUAGUCAGAUCCAGGCCGUUAUUGACUCCGGCAUCAUUCCCCCACUGAUUAACUUGCUUGCCAAUGGUGAUUUCAAGACCCGCAAGGAAGCUUGCUGGGCCAUCUCCAAUGCUACUUCUGGUGGUCUGCAGAAGCCUGAUCAAAUCCGCUACCUCGUUACUCAAGGAUGCAUCAAGCCCCUGUGCGACCUCUUGGCCUGCCCCGACAACAAGAUCAUUCAAGUUGCUUUGGACGGUUUAGAAAACAUUCUUAAGGUCGGUGAAAUGGAUAAAGAGGCGUCUCAACCCGGCGAACCCCGAGUCAACCGGUAUGCUCUUUUCAUCGAAGAGGCCGGUGGUAUGGUUAAGAUUCACGACUGCCAGAACAACGCCAACGAGGAGAUCUACCUGAAGGCAUAUAACAUCAUUGAGAAGUACUUCUCCGAUGAGGAAGAGGCGGGUGUUGAUAUCGAAGAGAUUGCUCCUCAGCAAACCCAGACUGGUUUCACUCUCGGUACAGCCCAGCAACAGCCUGGCGGUUUCAACUUUGCCAACGGCGGUGACUCGAUGGAUAUGUAAACCUGGAGCCUAUCAAUACAGAUGACAAGCAAGGGUCUCAAUCAUGGCCUUUCUCUUACCUUGCGGUGAGCUCCCAAAUGACGGUGUCGCAGCCGCCAUGCAUGCCUUUUUGAUUCGGAAUCAUGGAGUUUCAAGUUGCUCUGGUCACUUCAGAGCUGCAUGUGGUUAUCGGGGAUCAGAUUCGGUCAUUUCACACCACUGAGCUGGACAAAAUCCAACGGGUUUUGCUGAUCGAUCUCCGAAUUUCUUCUUGCCCCCCUUCCCUAACUCUUUUAUCAUAUUUGACUAUGAUAUUACGUUGUUUCCCCCUUCCCCGUUUUGUUCUACCACAUUUGCCCUUCACCCUGGACUUUUCAGAACGUGUUAUAAAAGAUUCACCGUCAUGUAUCCCUUCUAUAUUCCCUUAUUCCACAUUGUUGCAGCGUCCCCAUACACGGCGUAAUUGUUCUGCUGUUGCUGACUGCCGGUAUUUCUGGUCUGUUCUCCCGAAAAAUGUUUCAUGGUUUACGAGGUUGGCAUCUGUCGGUUUCCUUUUCCCUGGCUAUAGAUGUCUAGCAUGGACUGGUCGACAUCUUUUGCCCAAGUUUUCGACUCGACGGGCGUAUGUUAACGUCGCAGUCAUGAAUAAGGUAGAAUUAUCUCCCAUGGAAAGGCAUGGUUCGGUAGCCAGGAGAAUGAAAUUGGUGUAUUAGACUUCUAACAGAUGCAAUCUAGCCUUGUUGACACCUAUAUAUAUCCUUUCAAACUGAGCUCAACGGAGCACUAUACAUCACUCAAUUUUUAAAGAACUUCACUAGGACAAUUUACACUUCCCUGUCAAUUAUGUCCAUUCGCUGCUGUCAAGAUACCAAUCAGGCUUCUUAGAUGGCUUAACCAAGGCCCAGCAGUCGUACGUAGGUCAUGCCCAUGAAUGGCAUGCGCAAAAGCCAUGGUGAGGUCAUGGCAUCACAUUUAUCUGUAUACUCUUUGCACUCCAUAACCAGCUACAUGCGCAAAGAAAAGGAUAUAUAUACAUACAACAAGGCUCACACAAAAUAGAAAAUGAAACCAUUCCAUUCAUCUUAUUUCAUU